AAAGUUGCAGGAAUCCAGUUGCGCUCAAGUUAACAUCAACCCUCCUCUCGUCUUGGUUGAUUCCUGUCGGGUGUGAGGUUUUGGUGACUUGCGACUGUUUCUCGGCUGUCUCUGGCACUUGCCUUCAAACUAACCGCGCCUUGAGACGAUCCCAAGCGCGAGGCCAACGAGUUCCUUCCUCUUCUCCAGCCUCGAGCCUUGAAGCCUGACCGCACGCUUCCAGUCCUCGGGCCUGUGCCGGGCGAGAUGGCGGACUUUGGAGAUGCUAAAUACGAACCAAACGGAUACUAUGGGGGAGAUGGCACCUACGAAAAUGGCGACGUGGUCGAUGCAGUCGACACGGACAUCACAUCUGAAGACUGCUGGAAAGUCAUCAGUUCUUUCUUCGACAUCAAAAAGCUGGCCUCUAUGCAGAUAGAUUCGUUCAACCACUUUAUGAGAUCGGGUUUGCAGGAUCUGGUAAACGAGAAGGGAGGUGUCACCUUGGACCAUGCGCAAAAUGUCGACGAGGACGAUCCGAACCCAGUUGUCAUCAAGAGGCACGAAGUCAAGUUCGGCAAGGUCACACUGUCAAAACCCAACAUGGUCGAGGGCGAUGGCGUUACCGCCGACUGCAUGCCACAUGAGGCGCGCCUGCGGAGUUUGACCUACGCAAGUCCGGCCUUCGUGAAGAUGACAAGGAGGACGUACUAUGCUAAGGAAAAGCCGUGGGACGAUGCAGGAGUCGAUGAGGGAGUCAUGAGAGAAGACGGCUCACAGCUCUACUGGCGAGAGGGCACAGAGGAAGGCGAUUUUGAUUCCGAGAAAGAGGUCUACAUUGGCAAGAUUCCCAUCAUGGUCAGAAGCAUGACAUGCCACCUUAUGAGCGACCGGUUCCAGGAUGAGAGGGAUUUAUAUGCUUGGGGAGAGUGUCCUUAUGACCAGGGCGGUUAUUUUAUCAUCAACGGCAGCGAGAAGGUGCUUAUCGCCCAGGAACGAAGUGCAGGCAAUAUCGUGCAGGUUUUCCAAAAGGCGGCGCCUGCACCUUUCACACAUCUUGCUGAGAUCAGAUCGGUCAUCGAUCGGGGCGCACGGAUGAUGUCUCAGUGCACAGUGAAGCUCUUCCGACGGGUGGAUGGUCCCGAGGGUACAAAGAUCGACAACCCGAUCCGAGUCCAGCUUCCUUAUGUCAAGCAGGACAUUCCGCUUGUCAUCGUCUUCCGGGCGUUGGACAUCGUAUCUGAUGCUGAUAUCCUGGAGAAGAUCUGCUUCGAUCAAAGUGACAAAGAGAUGAUGGAUAUGUUGAUGGGCUCCCUCCAAGAAGGUCAGCCUAUCCAAGGUGCUGAUUUGGCGCGAGACUUCAUUGCUCGUCGAGGCAAUGUCCCGACGCUGAAAAGCCACGAGAGACAGAAGCAUGCCACGGAUAUCCUGCAGAAAGAAUUUUUGCCGCACAUUGGACAAGGCCCGGAUGCUACUGCUCGAAAGGCUUUCUUCCUCGGGUACAUGGUUCAUCGCCUCUUGAAAUGUGCCCUUGGACGAGCAGAACCAGAUGAUCGUGACCACCUUGGAAAGAAGCGACUGGAUUUGGCUGGUCCCUUGAUGACCAAUCUGUUCCGCUUGCAAUUCGACAAAGCCGCGAAAGACUUCUAUCGGUACAUGCAGAAGCGGGUAGAGGCAGGUCAACCCAUCAACAUCAUGGCAGGCUUUAAACAUCCCAUCAUAACAAGCGGGUUAAAGUAUUCUCUAGCCACUGGCAACUGGGGCGACCAGAAGAAACUCGACAAAGCCAAAGCUGGUGUCUCUCAAGUGCUGAGUCGGUAUACCUUCUCCUCCACUCUGUCCCAUCUUCGAAGAACCAAUGCACCCAUCGGCCGAGAAGGCAAAAUCGCCAAACCACGUCAAUUGCACAACACUCACUGGGGAUAUGUCUGUCCAGCUGAAACGCCCGAAGGUCAGGCUUGCGGUCUGGUCAAGAAUCUUUCACUCAUGUCCAUGGUCACAAACUCCUAUGAGACUGCACCUCUUGUGAAUUAUGUCCUGACAAAGAACGUUGAGGCGCUUGAGGAUUGGGAACCUCGUCUCAAUCCAAAAGCUACCAAGGUCUUCGUUGAUGGCGUCUGGUUUGCUGUGAUACUGCGGGAUCCGAAACGACUGGUCGAUGAUCUCCGCAUGCUUCGAAGAAGGGGCGUCUUCGACUCUCAAGUAAGUCUGGUCUGGGACAUUCGGGAGAAGGAGUUCAAGAUUUCCGGGGACUCGGGCCGGAUCGUUCGUCCUCUUUUCGUCGUCGAAACCGACCGCUCUUCAGAAAACCAUGGUAAUCUGGUACUCAACAAAGAGCACAUCAGAAAGCUGGAUGAGACGACAUACUUGAAAGAAAAUGACUUUCAAGACUGGAACGAGCAGGUUAAACCGUUUGGAUGGACUGAACUCCUUGCGUCGGGAGUUGUCGAAUACUUAGAUGCCGAGGAAGAAGAAACCGCCAUGAUCUGCAUGACCCCUGAAGCGUUGUCCGACUCGAGAGCCAAACACUUCGGAUUGGAGAUUGAAAACGACGAUGACCCUCUGAGCAGAAAUGAUCCGCUACUCAAUCCUCACGCGCACACAUUCACUCACUGCGAGAUCCACCCAAGCAUGAUCUUGGGCGUCUGCGCGAGCAUCAUCCCGUUCCCCGACCACAAUCAAUCGCCCCGAAACACAUACCAAUCUGCCAUGGGUAAGCAGGCCAUGGGUGUGUUUUUGACGAACUUUGACCAGCGCAUGGAGACCAUGUCCAACAUUCUCUACUACCCGCAGAAACCUCUUGCUCGCACAAUGGCCAUGGACUACCUCAAAUUCCGCGAGCUUCCAGCCGGGCAAAAUGCCAUUGUUGCCAUUGCAACCUACUCAGGCUACAACCAGGAAGAUUCCGUCAUUAUGAACCAGAGCUCCAUCGACCGAGGGCUGUUCCGGUCGCUGUUCUACCGAACCUACCAAGAUUCAGAGAAGAGUGUCGGACAUUCCGUGGUGGAACAAUUCGAGAAACCGACCAGAGCUGAUACACUACGACUCAAACAUGGCACAUACGACAAGAUUGACGAGGACGGCAUCGUUGCUCCAGGCGUUCGCGUCAGUGGCGAGGAUAUCAUCAUGGGCAAGACAGCACCGAUGGCUCCAGACGCGGAAGAGUUGGGCCAGCGACUCAAACAGCACAUCAAGCGUGAUGUCUCUACACCGUUGCGGUCCACCGAGUCUGGCAUUGUCGACCAGGUGAUGCUGACCACCACGGCGGAAGGGCAUCGUUUCGCGAAAGUGCGCGUCCGAACCACCAAGGUCCCCCAGAUCGGCGACAAAUUUGCCUCUCGGCACGGUCAAAAGGGUACAAUCGGCAUUACGUAUCGGCACGAAGACAUGCCAUUCACAAGAGAAGGCAUCGUGCCUGACCUGAUCAUCAACCCGCAUGCCAUUCCCUCCCGAAUGACCAUUGCCCACUUGAUCGAAUGCCAACUGUCCAAAGUGGCCACGCUACGUGGAGACGAAGGCGACGCCACACCCUUCACGAAAGUGACGGUGACGCAGAUUUCGGAGCUGUUGCGGAAUAUGGGCUACCAGUCUCGCGGCUUCGAAGUCAUGUACAACGGGCACACUGGUCGCAAGCUGGUGGCCCAGGUCUUCCUGGGACCGACGUACUACCAGCGGUUGCGACACAUGGUCGAUGACAAGAUCCACUCGCGUGCCCGUGGGCCCACGCAGAUCCUCACCCGUCAACCGGUGGAAGGUCGAGCGCGUGACGGUGGUCUGCGGUUCGGAGAAAUGGAGCGCGACUGCAUGAUCGCCCAUGGCGCCAGCUCGUUCCUCAAGGAGCGUCUUUUCGACGUGUCGGACCCCUUCCGCGUCCACGUCUGCGACAUCUGUGGUCUCAUGACGGUGAUUGCAAAGCUCAAGAAGAAUACCUUUGAGUGCAAGAACUGCAACAACAAGAACAAGAUCUCUCAGAUCUACUUGCCGUAUGCCGCCAAGCUGCUGUUCCAGGAGCUUUGGGCCAUGAACAUCGCUGCUCGGUUGUAUACCAAGAGAAGUUAAAGGAAGUUAAUUACCUAGGAGUGACUUGACUUCUUGCCGUAUCUACAAUCUGUCUGCAAAAGACUGGCAAGUGGGCGAGAUUGCGAUGACUGGUCGAUGGACGGAAUCGGUUUUCCCUGCCCCCCUUUCCUCCAGGUUCUUUGCAUCUCAGAUGGUCAGUCGUACUACUCUUUCAACUGCUACACUGGCAACUUGGCUGGUUGGGUGGUUGGCGGUGGUGGUGAUGGAGGUGUUGGCGCCAGCGAGGAAGAAGUAGAGGCCAAAGAAGAAUCAAACAGAUAUCAAUGGUUGAUGGAUACACGCAUGCUGCAGCUGGCUCGGAGGAAGACCAUUCGAGCACGUGCUGUAGAUCCAGAGACCACGCACGCACGCACGCCGAACUUACAGUACGUUGCUUGGGAGGAUGGCGUUCUCUCCCUUUUUUUCUCUCUUGCGUCUGCUUGUAUUGUAAGCUUAGCUUUACGUUAGUACUGUACUUGUAUCCAAAAUUGAGCGCGUCGCGUUGCGUUUUGGCUUUGGUUAUGCAAUGCAAUGCUAUGCAAUGUAAAAUAAAAUGAUUAAAUCCCCAACUACGUACCAGA